CCUCCUGCAUUGACUAAGCGGAAAGUAGGGUAGAGUCUGGGAAAUAAGACGAUACGAGACUGAAUAUCUGUCUGAAUGUUUGAAUAUCCAACGUUGUGACGACCGUUGCAUUGUAUCUCUAAACCCCGGGACAAAGCGGGGAAGGGUGUCCGAAUAUCUGUUGAAUAUCCAACUUGAAACCAACUUCACCUCGGUUGUAGCUCGCCAGCUGUAGCGGCAACGGUACACCUGGUUCCAUAAUCAGUUAACGAGAAGGUCGAUUACCGGCGAAUAUGAUCAAGGCAAUUUUAAUCUUUAAUAAUCAUGGGAAACCGCGACUCAUCAGGUUUUACCAGUAUUUUGCUGAAGAUAUGCAGCAGCAGAUUAUACGAGAGACCUUCCACCUUGUGUCGAAGAGGGAUGACAAUGUGUGUAAUUUCUUAGAGGGCGGAAGUUUGAUUGGUGGCUCUGACUACAAGCUGAUAUACAGACACUACGCCACGCUUUACUUCGUGUUCUGUGUGGAUUCUUCUGAAAGUGAGCUCGGAAUCCUAGAUUUGAUACAGGUUUUUGUGGAAACGUUGGAUAAAUGUUUUGAAAACGUCUGUGAACUGGACCUUAUCUUCCACAUGGAUAAGGUGCAUAACAUCCUACAGGAGGUGGUGAUGGGGGGGAUGGUGCUGGAGACCAACAUGAAUGAGAUUGUGGCCCAGGUGGAGUUCCAGAACCGCACGGAGAAGUCGGAGGGAGGGUUCUCAGCGGCGCCAGCCCGCGCCGUUUCGGCCGUGAAGAACAUGAACCUUCCGGAAAUCCCCCGAAACAUCAACAUCGGAGACAUCAACAUUAAAGUGCCGAGCCUGUCCCCCUUCUGAGCCGGGGGGCGGGGCCGGGGGCUCGGCCCACACGCGGCCGGCGCACCGCUCCGCGCGUUACUCACCAGGUUCGGUUCUGUUCCUUUUCAUUCCGCGGGAAACGGUAAAAGGGAGCAGAGCGGGAACGUUGCGCUGAGAGUGGGAACUCCGCCCUGCAGAGAAACAGCAGUCUCAGUAGGUCCGCCCUCUUUCCUGUCAUUCCAAACAGCUGUACUGUCGCGUAUUGUACAGGUUGGCACUAGUGCGGUCGCAGUAUCGUGUAUGUUUGUUAUUAUCGUUUUCUGUGUUUAUGUACGUAUAUGUAUUCUUGCUUUCUGCAGUCGCCCAGGUAGCUUUAGGGUUGUCCAUUCUGAGCGACCCCUGAAAUCUGCCGGUUCUGUCUGGUGAAUCUGGAGACAUCGCUCAGGCUUCUGGCUCGUAACCAGGCCGGCUCUGGCACCGGCUCCUGCUGUUACCUAUUUGGUGUAGCACUCGUUGCGCCG